CUGCGUUCCACAUAAUUGACAUUUCUCCGGGCGUCACAAAGACUCCAACUUUGCCCAGUUCCGAAGUCGCAAGCGAGCGAGAAGGAGGCCUCGAAUCUUGAUUAAUUAAUUGAUUAAUUAAGUAUUUAAUUAAUUUAGUUUUGGGGAAAUGGGAGCUUGUGCUUCGAGGCCGAAGGGCUGCAGUUUCGGAUUCUCGAAGAAGAAAAAGAAGAAUGGCGGCGGCCGCCGCCUGAGACGAGUCAUUCGCCGGCGCGUUUCGUCGUCCUCCGGUCGCUCCGUUCCUGCACUCCAAGCAGGAAGUAUGGAUGGGGCGUUUUUUGAUGCAAAUUCGGCGAUCGAGUCGGAGCGAGAUGACGAUUUUUACAGUGUUUACGAUGAUGUGAUGUCAUUAAACGAGUCGGAAAGUGCAUCCACGUUGAGUGUUUUGUCACCGAGAGGUCUUUCUCGGCAGGCACAGAAACCGCCGCCAUUGCAUUCCACCUCCGCUGUGUCUGCAGAGGAGAUCGUGGACGAACAUGGCGGAGGGGACAGAAUGCAGGGACUGGAUCACUGUGGGAUUCUUCAAAAUUCUUGCUUGCCUUGUCGUCCUUCCAAUAGCCUGUCGGGCGACAAAAGAAUAACCACGGCCACGCCAAGUUUGAGGAGGAAAGGCCUUUCGUUUAAAUGGAGGGAAGGGCAUUCUGCUGCAGCUGCAGUUGAUCACACCCCCACAUUACUUUCACCGAGAUCGCUUGCGAAAAGACCACUAGCCGGUUCUACAAUUCCCUACUGUCCCAUUGAGAAGAGAAUGCCAGAUUGUUGGUCACCUCUCGAGCCAAACACUUUCAAAGUCCGGGGUAAAAAUUAUCUUAGGGAUAAGAAGAAAGAAAUUGCUCCGAAUUGCGCUGCAUUUUAUCCUUUUGCCGCUGAUAUUUUCGUAUCUCCGAAAAAGAUUGAUCACAUUGCUCGAUUUGUGAAACUUCCGGUUGUGAGUACCACCGGAGAUGUCCCUUCUAUUCUUGUUGUAAAUGUUCAGAUACCACUUUAUCCAGCCAAUUUUUUCAUAGGCGAUGGUGAUGGAGAAGGAAUGAACUUGGUUAUGUAUUGUAAGAUUUCUGAAACUUAUUCGAAGGAGCUUCCUCCUCAUUUCCGAGAAAGUAUCACUAGAUUAAUCAAUGAUGAAGUGGAGAGAGUUAGAGGAUUCCCUGUCGAUACAAUUGCACCCUUCAGGGAAAGAUUGAAAAUUUUGGGCCGAGUGGCAAAUUUGGAGGAUCUUCAUUUAAACACAGCCGAGAAGAAGCUAAUGAAUGCUUACAAUGAAAAACCUGUUCUUUCACGUCCUCAACAUGAAUUUUACUUGGGAGAAAACUACUUCGAGAUCGAUUUGGAUAUGCACAGAUUCAGCUACAUCCCUAGAAAAGGUAUUGAUGCAUUUCACGAAAGAAUGAAGCUGACGAUAUUGGAUUUUGGUCUCACAAUUCAGGGGAACAAAGCAGAAGAGUUGCCGGAGCAUUUGUUAUGCUGCAUACGGUUCAACAAAGUUGACUACAAUAAUAAAUCAUUACCGGUGGUUCUGAAUCAAAAGUUUCUGUAAUCCCAACACAAUACUCGAGUUUUUCAAAUCGAUAAAUAACAGAAAAAUAAGUUAACUAAUACGAGAACAUAUGGAGUCUCAAAAUCUUAGUAUUGAGCUUCUUCAAUUUGUAUGUAUAUAGAAUUUUGAAUGUACAGUUUCAGCAGGAAGAGUGAAAUAAAGAGAACAGAAAAUUUUAUUCAUACUUCCGUGUCCAGUAUGCUUCCGGUUUCUGUAUGCAGCUUCUUGGCAGCAACGGGUUUGGCUAUAAAUCGAAGCAAGAGCCGGUAUCUUCACCUCUCCUCCUCCUGCUGCGUCUACAGGUCUCAUUCACUCCCCUCCAUUUAAAUCCACUGAUUGUAUCUUGAAGCUGCUUCUUUUAUCUGUGUGCUGAUGAUCGAUAAUUUCAUCUUUCCAGAUGUUCAUGGUAAGAAAGUAAGAAACAUAGAUUUCAUUCAAAUCUUCAGUCGUGAGGUACUUAUGAAACGAAGAUCCAACUACGCUGCAGGUGGCCUCAUACAUCGCCCAAAAACGGUACACAAAGAACAUUUAUGAACAUUUUCUUCAGGCUUAGAACGUAAAGAUGAAUCUGGUGAGGAAUGUGAAUCAGCAUCCUUUCUUUCUCGAAACCCUUCGUCUGGAUUUGGAUGUUCUUCCCCGUCAGUUUUGUUCAUCGAAAUAGUGACCUUCAGAGUAGGCUUUUUGUCGAGGACUUGAAUCUUAUCCUCCCAAAUGAGGCCGGAGGAGCCCUGCCUUCGGAAUGAAGUCGCCGAUCUCUGCAACGCAGUCAUUGAUCGAUACUUUCGGUCUCUGUCUCCGUCUUGCUUUGUUUCAUCCGUCUUGUUUCGGUCCCCUUCCUUGACUGGGAGGAGGAUGAUAUUAAAAGGCUUUCCUUUUUCUAACUAACAAACGGUUUCUUGUUUUGAGUUUGUGGCCACUUACCCGUAAUUACAGCUGAGCGAGAGGAGUUUUCAUUAAGUGACCUUGAAAUAUCAAA